CAACAUAAUGUGAUGGUCCGACCCUCCCCCCCUCCUAAAUCCGAACCUAAAAAAAAAAUAAUUUUUUAUAUUUCAAGGUAAUGCCAAAAAUUAACAGAUUCUAUUUCUUUAAAGCGUUUCGUAUCUCAAAGGAGUUAAAUCGUUACAUACGCAAAUAAUUAAUAGUCAUGAAGUAUCUCGCUGCUUAUCUUCUUCUUAACGUUGCUGGUAAGGCCAACCCUGCUGCUGAAGAUGUCAAGUCUCUCUUGAGCUCUGUUGGUAUUGAAUCUGAUGAGGAACGUGUCUCCUCUUUGAUCUCUGCUCUUGCCGAAAAGGAUAUUGCUGAGCUCAUUGCUGAAGGUAAGGAGAAGAUGUCUUCUGUCCCUACUGGUGGUGCUGUUGCUGCUUCUGGUGCUGCCGCUGCCGCUUCUGGUGAUGCUCCUGCUGAAGAGCAAAAGGAAGAAGAAAAGGAAGAAUCUGACGAAGAUAUGGGCUUCGGUCUCUUCGAUUAAGAAAUUCCAAAAAGAAACGAGUUUAUUUUGUGUAAAUAAAAUAAAUAAUGUGCUUCAUUCUUAAUUAUAAAUGUAUUUUUUUUUCUUUUAUUUGUAAAAACAAAAAUAAUAACUUCAUAAAUAAUGAACAAAUUCUAUUAUUGUUGUUGUCCAUCCAUUAACCAUUUAUCUCUUUGUAAACGAAAUUGUGGUAAUUGCUGCUGAUGAGCUUGAUUCAUUGCAUGUUGAUUCAUAACUUGUUGAUUUAUUUGCUGUUGUUGAUUAAUCUGUUGCUGUUGCUGUUGUUGCUGUUGCUGCUGUUGUUGUAACUGUAAUAAAUGAGGCUGUUGUUGCAUCUGUUGUUGAAUAGCAGCAGCUUCCAUCAUUUGUUGUUGCAUGUUAUUUCCCUGUUGUGGUUGUUGUGGUUGUUGUUGUUGUUG